UCUCUUCAACUACUUCACGUUUCUUAUUGCAUAAAUCUAAAGCCUCUGUUUCCACUCCAAGCCCUAAAAUCCCUUUCUGUGUUAGAGAUGGGUCCUUUCUGCUCAGAGUUGGAGGAGUUCCCAAGACUCAAUUGUAUCCAUCACCUUCAUGCUUCCUUGAAACAUUUAGGGUUGGCAGGAUGGGAAAAAGUAAAGUUUUUGCCACAUCAGCUUUAGCAUCUCAUUGGCCUUGAGUCAUUGACUCUAGAAGAAUUCAACGAAGUGGAAGUUUUACCAAACUGGUUAGGAAACCUCACUUCUCUUAAAGAGCUGGUGAUUAGAAAUUGUCAUAAUCUGAGGAGUAUGCCAUCUAUUGAAGCCAUGCAAUGCCUCUCCAAUUUAAUAUUUCUUUAUAUAUUUGAAUGUCCCAAAUUAGAAGAAAGAUGCUCCAGAGAUGGAGGAACCUAAUGGUUCAAGAUUUCUCACAUUCCCCAUAUCAUAAUACGUGGGCAAUAGGGAUGACCACGAGGUUUGGAAGAGUAGGUUAAGCAGUUGAAGAUAUCAACAAGCCUUCUCCAAAUAAUCAUCUAAUGGAUGUUCUCUGGAAAGCUUUCUCAUAUAAAGACGCAAUGAGGAGAAAAAAACAGGGGAUUGCACAGACACACAUUCUGUCAUUUUUAAGGUCCUUUGUUAUCUUCAUGAUUCUUCAGCAUCAAAAUACUCUCCAGUAGCCAUCACCAUAAUAGUCAACCAAUGCAUAAGGGAAAAGAAACAGAGUAUUGCUUGGACACACUGAGUGUAAAGCUUGAUGGAGUGAAGCCUAGCAAGGCUCUAAUUUGUUCAUAUAUUUUCUUGGAAAAAUUGUGGGCAAGGAAAUUCUCCUGCUUUGAAUUCAAAAUCUUGAAGAACUGAGGCUUAUUUUCUCAUUGGAGAUCCAAACCAACGAGUGGUCCUCUCUUUAAGUUGUUGAUCCUCACGAACAGAUUUAGCAAUUCUUCAGUGAUAUGGUCCUCAACUGAUGGCGGCAUUUGAGGUGCAAGAUUACCAGUAUAGACAUCUAUCUUUUCUUAUUCUUGCACAACUUUUAUGGAGUUAGUUCUAAUAGGAUCUUUUAUUUGAUUAGUAUUUUGAAAUCUGUAACUAAGGCUGAAGUUCGCAACUAGGAAGUAUGUUUUCAUCUUGAUAGAAUAUUAUUUAAAUGUGAAUUGGUGUCUUCUGUUAUAGGCUUUGUCUAUUGGUAAGUACACUUUUUGUUCUGAAGUUGUUCCAGACAUUUGCAGCAGAAAUUCAUCAAUUCCUUGAAUUUAAAUGAAUGGACAAUGAAUCC